UCAGGAAUACUGGUAGCAGUAAUACCACACUAGUCAGGAAUACUGGUAGCAGUAAUACCACACUAGUCAGGAAUACUGGUAGCAGUAGUACCACACUAGUCAGGAGUACUGGUAGCAGUAAUACCACACUUGUCAGGAAUACUGGUAGCAGUAAUACCACACUAGUCAGGAAUACUGGUAGCAGUAAUACCACACUAGUCAGGAAUACUGGUAGCAGUAGUACCACACUAGUCAGGAGUACUGGUAGCAGUAAUACCACACUAGUCAGGAGUACUGGUAGCAGUAAUACCACACUUGUCAGGAAUACUGGUAGCAGUAAUACCACACUUGUCAGGAAUACUGGUAGCAGUAAUACCACACUAGUCAGGAAUACUGGUAGCAGUAAUACCACACUAGUCAGGAGUACUGGUAGCAGUUAUACCACACUAGUCAGGAGUACUGGUAGCAGUUAUACCACACUUGUCAGGAAUACUGGUAGCAGUAGUACCACACUUGUCAGGAAUACUGGUAGCAGUAAUACCACACUAGUCAGGAGUACUGGUUGCAGUUAUACCACACUAGUCAGGAGUACUGGUAGCAGUAAUACCACACUAGUCAGGAGUACUGGUAGCAGUAAUACCACACUAGUCAGGAGUACUGGUAGCAGUAAUACCACACUAGUCAGGAGUACUGGUAGCAGUAAUACCACACUUGUCAGGAGUACUGGUAGCAGUAAUACCACACUAGUCAGGAGUACUGGUAGCAGUUAUACCACACUUGUCAGGAAUAUUGGUAGCAGUAAUACCACACUUGUCAGGAGUACUGGUAGCAGUAAUACCACACUAGUCAGGAGUACUGGUAGCAGUUAUACCACACUUGUCAGGAAUACUGGUAGCAGUAAUACCACACUAGUCAGGAGUACUGGUAGCAGUAAUACCACACUAGUCAGGAGUACUGGUAGCAGUAAUACCACACUAGUCAGGAAUACUGGUAGUAGUAAUACCACACUUGUCAGGAGUACUGGUAGCAGUAAUACCACACUUGUCCGGAGUACUGGUAGCAUUAUUACCAUACUGGUACUGGUAGCACUAAUACCAAACAAGUUAUGA